UUGGAUCCUGGCUUCUCUUCCGUUUCUACCGAGCCGAAUGGCAUGUAAUGAGUUGCCCAAUCCCAAUCCCAGUCCAAGCCAUUCUUCAGGUUGGCCGGAUGGCAUGACAAAAGUAGCAUCUUCCAACCCUACAUACAUCUAUUUUGGAAGCAUCCUCCAUAGUCUCACAAAUCAGGAAAGCCGACUCUUGAUUCGAAUUUGAGCCAGAAAGCAAGAUGCGCGUUUCCUCUCUUUUGUUGUUGUUGACUUGCUUGCUCUUGGGAGCGGCAGUCUCUGGCAAUCUACGCUCCAAGACAACUUCCUCUACCACUACUGACCAGGAUGCCGAGAAUCAGCAAGGUGGUGUUGUCCACUCAUCCAAGAGAGGCCGGGAAAGGGCCAGUCUCCGUUCUAUGGAGGAGAACCAUCGACGCCUCGGGUGCACGGGCAGUGACAGGAAGAAGCCAAGGUGUAAAGGUGAUGCCGGUGCUGGAGACAGUGAGAGCUCUGGCGGUGAUACCGGUAGCAGCUCUGGCAGUGGUGGCGAUACCGGUAGCAGCUCUGGCGGUGAUUCCGGUAGCAGCUCUGGCGGUGGUACCAGUAGCAGCUCUGACGGUGCUAGCAGCUCUAGCGGUGCUAGCGACCCUGAGAGUGGUGGUGACGGAAGUUCUAAACGUGAAGGUGAAAGUAAGAAGAAACCAUCUGAUCCCACCGAUGAUCCCGCUAAAAAGAAGGGCAGAGAGCAGCAGGCUGAUCGCGAAGCAGCUGAUGAGCGCGCAGCAGCCGACUCAGAUUCCGUCAAGAAACUGAAGAAGCGGCAGGAACAGGACGCUGGUGUGGCGGAUGUAGGCAGAGACACACGGGACGUCUUGAAGAAGAAAAAGUGUCGUCGCCGUCUUCAGCAACCAGCAAGCCGACCAAAUGUUCCAGAGGAUUCAAAUCAGAGAGCGAUUAUGAUGGCAGAACUCAAGACGAGACUCAAGCAGGUGAUUGUGAGGGAAGUGGAAAGAGCAGCUGAUUCGGUUUCUUGCAGCAUUUGAUUGUGUGGACGGAGAACAGUGGACAGCAUUGAUGCAGUAUCAGUGACAUUCUUAGUGAACUUUCGACCAAAGACAUGGUGGUCGAAUGUGUGUUUGUGGACUGUUUGAUGAGAGAGGCAAAGUAGAAACUGAGGAAAUUAAGUUGAAUUAGGACCGGAGAAGACCUCUACCUGCACGAUGCAACGUACAAGUCCUAGGCUAUUGCGUGCAGCAAGAGAAAGCUGGCUAUCUGCUGGGUGGCUAGUACGGUAGUACCACGUAGUUGCAAGAAUAGCUAGCAUGUCGCUACUAAUACGAAGGCGAGAGUCUGACAGGGGCAGAAACCGACUUGGGAAAUGCAAGGAUCGCGACCAUGGAAAUAUGAGACUGCACGACUCAAUGUUUGAUCGCGAAUGACUUCAAGAU